UUUGUUUUGUCUGACACAGUGCAGGAAACAGAGAUGAGCCGGACAGGGUAUGGUCAGCUGAUAGCUAGUCUUUCACCCUUUCACCAUGUCAGGACGGUAGACUAUCUCUGGUAUAUUCAGGCACCAAGCAACACACUCAUCCAUCUUAAUGUAUUAGAUCUUCAAAUCGGUAACAGGACCACACUUGAAAUUCUUGAUGGCAUUUCUUCUGCAGCUGAACCUUUAGCCAGAUUUGAUGGUAAUGUCAGCUUGCCAGAGCCCAGAAGUUUUACAAGUUCACAGAGUUUCAUCUAUGCCAGAUGGAACGGGUCUGUGGAAGGGUGGAAUGAGGGGUGGAGUAGAGUACAUGUGGUGUUCACAGAGGCAACUCUAGCAGAUGCAGAAGGUAGUUGCCCCUUGGGUUUCUUCAGCUGCCCUUUUACUGGGAUUUGCCUGUCAAAGCGUGCUUUGUGUGACGGGCUCCCCCACUGUCAGCUUGGGGGUGAUGAGGAUGAAAUGCAUUGUCUUCAAGCUAACAGAGAGGGUGCCAGAAUGCUACGCAGGCGCCAGAGUGCGGAACCGAUUGAUCUAUCAGACUGCCAUUGUGAGAAUGGAGGUACAUGUAUGAAAGAUGAUGAACCCAAUAUAGAUGAGUAUAGAGAUCUUGGAUACUACUGCAUCUGUACUGAAGAAUACUCAGGAAUUAAAUGUGAACUCAUGGGCAUGGCCAAAAGACAUCACUUAGCAGCAGUAAUAGCCCGUUGUACGUGUAAGAAUGGGGGAACAUGUACUCCAACUAGCUCAGGAUUUGGCUUUGUGUGUUCCUGUUCACCGGGCUUCCGAGGUUAUGAUUGCAGUCACAAUGAUAGUAUUCCUAAUGGAUCGUCUUCCCCAGCGGAGUAUGGCAUAGCGAUGGGAGCUGCUGUUGUAGCUGUUCUACUCGUCAUGUUUGGUGUGGCUCUCUGUAUCUGUGUCAUCUUACAGUACUUGAGGCAGCAGAGAGAUGGGCCAGAGAGUCCAUACAGUCGGACGCUUAGCAGAGACGUUUACAGUGUGGAAGGGGUUGAUAUAGCAGGCUUACAAAUGGAGACAGUAGAGCCUAACGACUACAUACCUCCCACAUACAACCAGUGUAUGCACCCCUCCCCCAGUAGCCCUGAUGGGGACAUCUUCCUCACCCCUUCCCCGUCCAGCCAGUUCAGCGUGGGUUCACGAUGGAGACUACGCACACCCGAGAGCCCGCCCCCUACCUACGAUGCUAUCCUGGGAUUCUGCAAAGAAUGUAGUGAGUUAGCCCUGCGUAACAUGGCCAAACAGCAGCGUCGAGGGCAGCAUACCCCUCAGCUUCAGACUCCUAGCAGCGAUCAGUUUGACACCAUGAGUGGUAUCAGUAGUAACUACACCACAGGACCAAGCAGUGCAUAUAACACGGGUAACAAUACACCCAGUGGGCCCAUGCCAUUCUCGCCUCGUGCCUUGUUUAGGAGCGGGGCAGCAGGCCAAGGAGGUAUUUCCUCUCAAUCUCAAACUGAAAGUCCAUUAGAAGAGUUUGAACUGCGUAGAGUCCAAUCAACAUGACCCCAACCAUUCUUCUUUUGAAGGAGCUUUUUCAUCCCCUUCAAAUUUUGCAUCACCACAGGUUCUUUUCUACAUCAGAUACAUUCUUAUUUUGAAAGAGUAUGAGUAUUAUAUAGAUAACCAUCCUUGAUAUAGAUCAAGUAUGCUGAAUAGUCUUCCUAAUUCAGUUUGUUUAUUUAUUAUUAUUGAUAGAAUAUGUCAUCUAUCCUUAAUCAGAAGCGUACAGUGCAUAUACCAAAAAGAAAAAAGAAGAAGAAUCUAAAUGUGGUUGUCUGAUAUGAAAUAGUUACUGUAAUUGUAAGUAACUGGCACUGAACCCUUCUUUCGUCAGUCCAGGACUGGCAAGAUAGUUCCUUUUUUCCCACUAAUUGCCUGAAACGCUUGCCUGUAUCCUUGGAAAUGUAGAAGGGGUUCACAUGAAUCAAUUAUUGUAAAUAUUUGAAGGAAUCUUCUUAAUUACUGAAAUUAAUAUUUUGUAGAACAAAAGGUACAUAUUGCUGAUCUUCAGAAAAAGCGGUGCUACAUUCCUCAUAUUAGAGAUCAGCUGCAUGAUUUACAUAUGAAUGA